AUGGUAUACACAAAGAUUGAUAUCAACGAAGAAGACCAAAAAUUCCAAAAGGAAGUUGCUGACAUCAAAAAAUGGUGGUCGGAACCAAGAUGGAAGAAAACCAAGAGAAUUUAUACAGCUGAGGAUAUCGCUAAGAAAAGAGGUACAUUGAAGAUUGACUACCCAUCUUCACAACAAGCUGAUAAGUUGUAUAAAUUAUUGGAGAAGCACGAUGCUGAUCACACUGCUUCUUUCACUUUUGGUGCUUUAGACCCUAUUCAUGUUGCUCAAAUGGCCAAAUAUUUGGACUCGAUCUACGUUUCAGGAUGGCAAUGUUCUUCAACUGCUUCAACCUCAAACGAACCAAGUCCAGAUUUGGCUGAUUAUCCUAUGGACACUGUGCCAAAUAAAGUGGAACAUUUGUGGUUUGCACAGUUGUUCCACGACAGGAAACAAAGAGAAGAAAGGUUGUCGAUGUCCAAGGAAGAAAGAGCAAAAACCCCUUAUAUUGAUUUCUUGAGACCAAUUAUUGCUGAUGCUGAUACUGGUCAUGGUGGUAUUACUGCAAUCAUCAAGUUGACCAAAUUGUUUAUUGAAAGAGGUGCUGCUGGUAUCCACAUUGAAGAUCAAGCUCCUGGUACUAAGAAAUGUGGUCAUAUGGCGGGCAAAGUGUUGGUUCCUGUUCAAGAACAUAUCAACAGAUUGGUUGCUAUUAGAGCCUCAGCCGAUAUCUUUGGAUCAAACUUGUUGGCAAUUGCAAGAACUGAUUCAGAAGCUGCCACUUUGAUCACUUCUACCAUUGAUCACAGAGAUCACUACUUUAUUGCAGGUGCAACUAACCCAGAAGUUGGUGAUUUAUCAUCAUUAAUGUCUGAAGCUGAAGCUAAAGGUAUCUACGGUGAAGCUUUGGCAAGUAUUGAAAACGAUUGGAACAAGAAGGCUGGUGUCAAGUUGUUCCAUGAAGCUGUUAUUGAUGAAAUUAAAAACGGCUCUUACUCCAACAAAGAUGCUUUGAUCAAGAAGUUUACUGAUAAAGUUAACCCAUUAAGUCAUACUUCAAACAAAGAAGCUAGAAAAUUGGCAAAGGAGUUGACUGGUAAAGAUAUUUACUUUGAUUGGGACGCUUCAAGAGCAAGAGAAGGUUACUAUAGAUACAGAGGUGGUUGUCAAUGUGCAGUUAUGAGAGGUAGAGCUUUUGCCCCAUAUGCUGAUUUGAUUUGGAUGGAGUCUGCAUUACCAGAUUACGCACAAGCCAAGGAAUUCGCCGAUGGUGUUAAAGCAGCUGUACCAAACCAAUGGUUGGCUUAUAACUUGUCACCAAGUUUCAACUGGAACAAGGCUAUGCCAGCAGAUGAACAAGAAACUUAUAUCAAGAGAUUGGCUGAAUUGGGCUAUGUUUGGCAAUUUAUUACCUUGGCAGGGUUACAUACUACUGCUUUGGCUGUUGAUGAUUUCUCAAAUCAAUACUCCCAAAUUGGUAUGAAAGCUUAUGGUCAACAAGUGCAAAAACCAGAGAUUGAAAAGGGUGUUGAAGUUGUUAAACAUCAAAAAUGGUCUGGUGCUUCUUAUAUUGAUGCGUUGUUGAAGAUGGUUACUGGUGGUGUUUCGUCAACUGCUGCUAUGGGUGCUGGUGUCACUGAGGAUCAAUUCAAAGGGCACUAA